UUGAACCAAUAUCGAUUGUGUCACGGAAUACGUUCAGGUAAGAGUGUUUUAAACUGUUCUAAAAGUAAACGAGCUCUUUCCUGUCAAGAACCUGAGAGAUUUUAAGGGAACUUUCGUAAAGAGCAGAGGAAUCUUAAACAAUCAAGACAAUUCACUGCAACCAGUCUUUCCCUCUUGUUGUUAGAGAAACAUGGGAACUUGCCAGUUCUAGUCACUUAAGGAAGAUAUUGUUUUUCAAUAUAAGCCUAGGGUACAUCAUUUAUUUCUUUUUCGGCGAGCUGUGCGUUUUUAUCAACGCAAUGAGUCAAAAAAGAGAAUAAAAGAGGUCAAAAGAUAUAUCUUGUAAUGUUUGCGAGGUACACACACUUUAGAGGAUGCAAAUAGGAAGUAACCGGAAUCCAACUGUUUGCAAUCUUCAUUCUUGAGAACAAAGGAACUUUGAAGAGUGCUCUCACGUAAUGGAAUCUGACCAUUAAUUAGCAGAGGUGUGUUUCCCGUUUACUCCCAUUAGAUCGUGCUGUUGUCGUGUCCUAUACAACACUCUUCAGCGGGUGCUCGCACGGUUUGGAAAAAAAUGAACCGCUACGCAACCAAUGCUUCGGAUGAAGCUUAUAAUAGCACUUUACAAUCCCCAGUGGGACCUCAGGGAUAUUUAAACUUUUCUAAGGGAUUCACCGUAUUCAUAGUGACUGCUUUUCUUGUUAUUAUGGUAGCGGCAAUCAUUGGUAACACUCUGGUUUGCACAGCAACACUUUUCAGCCCAAGCUUGCGAAAAGCCAACACAAGUCUUUUUAUCGCAUCUCUAGCCGUGUCUGAUCUUCUUGCAGCGAUUUUAGUGAUUCCAUUUGACGUCUAUGUCAUUCUCAACAACGGACUGUGGUUUCAUCGUGAAGCAGCUUGUAACCUUUGGACCACUGCGUACCUGAUGACUAUUCCUACUUCGAAUCUCACUCUGCUGGGCUUGAGUAUCGACCGGUACCUCACCUUAAGCCAGCCUCUGAAGCAGUUCCGCAGCGGAAAGGUUGUAACAAGAAGUCGCAUCGCCGGCUGCGUAACAGCUCUAUGGGUGUACUCCCUCGGUUUUGCCAUUUUACCUAUGACGGGUUGGACAUUAUGGCGUUUUAGAACGAACAGCGUCAACGGUAGUAUCUGUUUUUUCAACGGUUCUCUCUUAUACAACAUCUUGGUGUCUGUGCUGCACUUUAUUGUUCCAUCUUUGGCUAUGUGCGUGAUUUAUAUCAUGAUCUAUGGCCAGAUUCGUCGCCACACCAGUAGAGCUGUUCGACCUAUUGAUUCCCCAGUGGCGCAGAACACCCAAGCAAACCUCCUGCUCCAGAGGAAUAUCAAAGCGGCUAAGCGGAUUGCGGUAAUUGUAAGCGUUUUCCUGCUGUGCUGGGUGCCUUACAGCAUUCUUAGCAUUAUUGGUAACCUGUGUCAGGAGUGUCUUCUUGACAUACCACAAGAAGCCUUUUAUGUCACUCUUAUCGCCGGCUAUCUGAACUCUGCAUUAAAUCCUGUACUUUACUCAUUCAACAACAGAAAUUUUAUGGACUCUUACUGGAGAUUAUUCAGAGCGAUCAGACGAGGACUGGGAAGAUUUGGCGGUAUAAAAUAAGAGAUAUUUCUCAAUCCAGAAGGAGAGUUUAACAGGAUUCUGACUCAGACUUUUUAAUUUUCUCCUAUAAGUAAGUGGAUUGCGAAGAAUUUACUAAACAAAGUGAGAGAUAAUCCUCAAUCCAAAUGGAGGGUUAAGCGACUUUCAGUCGAACACUUUACCAUAUUCUCCUGUAAUGUAAUCCUGUAAUCG